AUGACGGAAAACUUGAAUAUGUUGUCUUCGGUUCAAAACAAGAAAGGUGGAACAGUCACAUCUGGAGACAACAACAAGGGUAACGUUAGCGGUAUUGGAAUAGUAGAUUUUGUUGCUAAUAACAUUGAUGAUAUGUCUGUUAAAGAUAACUUACAUAAUUUACCAAAAGCAUAUGUUGAAAAGAGGAAGAAGAAAGGGGUAGACAUGACGCAUCGUAUAAUUGGUGGUGAACUAUCAUCCCUUCCUUGUAUUACUGAUGUUAUUGAGGAUACUAUACACAAUGUUAUUGAAGAUUUCAUUACCUGGCCUGUACGGAAAAUUGUUCUCAUUUUACCUGGUGAUUAUAGUGGCCUAGAGUUGAAACCUGUUGGAGUUUUGGAAGUAAAGCUUGUUCAAGCUAAAGGUUUAGCAAACAAGGAUCUUGUAGGAAAAUCCGAUCCAUUUGUUGUUGCCUAUAUACAUCCACUCCCUGAUAGGAUGAAGACUAGCAAAACAAUUAACAAUGAAUUGAAUCUUAUUUGGAAUGAACACUUUGAGUUCAUAGUUGAAGAUGUGUCAACCCAACGUUUGAUCGUCAAGGUUUAUGAUGAUGAAGGGGUACAAGCAUCUGAACUUAUUGGUAUGGCUCAAUUUAAGCUGCUAGAACUUCAGCCUGGGAAAGUGAAGGUUGUUUGGCUGAAGUUUGUUAAAGAUUUAGAAAUUCAGAGAGACAGGAAAGACAGGGGCCAGGUACAUCUAGAGCUUCUAUACUGCCCUUUUGGCAUGGAAAAUGAAUUUACUAAUCCUUUCAUCAAUAAAAAGCUUUCUCUUACGACUUUCGAAAAAACUAUGAAGAGUGAGAUUGAUGGUGCUGAGACUGCUGAGAUCGAAAAGACAUUAACUCAGAGAAAAAAAGAGGUCAUUGUAAGAGGAGUGCUUUCCGUGAUAAUUAUAGCUGCCGAGGAAUUGCCCGUGAUGGAUGUUAUGGGAAAGGCAGACCCUUUUGUUGUGAUCACUAUGAAAAAAUCUGGAACAAAGAACAAAACAAGCGUUUUACAUGAUACCUUGCAUCCAGUAUGGAAUCAUACUUUCGACAUAGUGGUGGAAGAUGGGCUACAUGAUCUGCUUAUUUUGGAAGUCUGGGACCAUGACACUUUUGGAAAGGGAUGUCUUUGGAUAAGCUUAAAAAAAAUUAAAACUGCUACACCUUCAUCCUCAUCAACUAAUGUGAGAGAAGAUGCUCUUUCUAAAGUAUUAGGAAAAGAUAAACAUGGGCGAUUAAGAGGAAUGGGAAGAGGAGUUACUAUAAGCAAAGUAUCUUUCUUACAAGCCAGAGACAAGCAUGUGCUCCAGCUAAAAGAGGAAAAUUCUGAAUUCCAAAAUAGAAUACAACAUUUGGAGACUAUGAUCCAUAAAUUAGUUGGAAAUCAUCAGGCCUUGAUCGCAAAGAGGAGCGAUAUGGUGGUAAUGUCUGGUGAUGGACCACUGAAAGCUUAUGUUCGCCGAUGUGGCUAUGUACAUGAUGAGUCUCCCAAGUCAUAUGUAAUGCUUAUGUUCGCCGAUGUGGCUAUGUACAUGAUGAGUCUCCCAAGUCAUAUGUAA